AUGCAUGCACAAUGCACGAUACAGUCGUCAGGCCGUUGGGCGGCAGCCUCUUGCGCCAACAACGAUGUCUCCACGAGCCCUACCACCACGCCAGCCCCCGCAAGCGACCAGGCCCAUUCGAGGCCGCAAAAUCACAAAAGCCGCCACCGGAGUCCUGAUGAGCCGACCACUUUAGGCCGAGAGCAGAAUGUUUGUAGUCUCUUCAAUGUAGAAAGAAUGGCGUCUAGUCCCAACACCCAAGUGUCCACUCUCCAACACGGCCUGGAGUUGUCCAUUUGUGUAUGUGUUUGUGUGCUUGUCUGUAUUUAG